AAACGCGGCGGAUCUCCGCGUUGCACCCAAAAAAAAAACCCUUGCCCCGCAGAGGCUGAUCAUUGACACGCUUUUGUCAAGACCAGUACACAUCAAUUCUUGUUUUAAUUUACAGAGAACUGACUCCUAUGAUGACUUCAAAAACUGCUACGAUUCAGGCCCCAGAGCCCUCCGCUCUGUCUACUCUCAUCGCCGCCUCCAACGACUCGAGUCCUCUCUCGGCAAACACGAUCCAGAUCCUCCACAACCUUCAACACCAGCACUCUUGGACAUCGUUGCAGGUCCAUAAUCUCUCAGUGGAUGAAGCAGGGGUCCCCUUAGACCCUCAAAGCUCCGACACGGCGCCUUUCCCCUUGAUCUCGGGCAUCCCUCCUCACCGCGUUUACACCCACCCAGACGAGCAACUGUUCAUGCUAGAACGAAAUCUCCGUGAUGACGAGAUUGCCCCCGAACGGACAUAUGUGCUGCCCGCCGCUCAGGGACAAUCAUGGAGUCUGCAGAAGUUAGCCUUUGCCUUUGACUCCUUGCCGGUACCGGAGACGGAGAGCGACCAUCCACAGCCUACAAUCAGGGAUGGCCCGGAAAACAAGGCGAAACAAUUAGCCGAAUACUACGAACGCAGGAAACAGGCUCGCGCGACCCAGGAAUGGGGUGGGAAGCGACUCUUACUCUCCAUGGUGGAUAAGCGUAUGGGCGGCGAAGGCACGGUGGUAUACUACAUCGUCCAAGAAGGGGUGGUGAAACCACGUCAGAACUGAAAAAAAAAGGAACCCCUGGCACAACUGCGACUUAAAGGUUAAAGAAAAAAACAAAAUUGGAAGCCAAAAGUGUGGCUUAUAUAUAUCUAUAUUAUCAACCUAUGACACAAUAUUGACCGAAUAUUCAGGAUUAAGUCCUGUACAAGCUGCAAUCGGGGCCGGGUAUCGUUAUCAGACUUAACAGAGGCCGAGCACAAGAAAGAAAGAAAA